AUGGAACAGUAUGUCCAAGGGAACAUAUUUAUUCUCUUGAAGAGGAGGAGUAAGAGAUCUAAACAGUCAGAUCAACCAUCAUACACUGAGAUGAAGAGCUUCUCAUAUGCUGAUCUAGCCAAAGCGACAAAUGGUUUCUCUCCAGACAAUUUGGUUGGCUCAGGGGCAUACGGAUCAGUAUACAAGGGUGUACUUGAGUGUGAAACAAAUGGAAUGAUUGCUGUCAAAGUUUUCAACCUUGACCAACUUGGAGCACCAAAAAGCUUUGUUGCCGAGUGUGAGGCCUUCAGAAACACUCGUCAUCAUAAUCUUGUAAGGGUGAUUUCUGCAUGCUCAACAUGGGACAACAAGGGGAAUGAUUUCAAGGCUCUUAUUAUUGAAUACAUGGCUAAUGGCACCCUAGAGAGCUGGAUUUAUUCAGAAACAAGAAGACCGUUGAGUUUGGGCUCCAGAUUAACAAUAGCAGUGGACAUAGCUGCUGCACUGGAUUAUUUACAUGACAGUUGUGUGCCCCCUAUAGUCCACUGUGAUUUGAAGCCUAGCAAUGUGCUUUUAGAUGAUGCCAUGGGUGCCCGUCUCAGUGACUUUGGGUUAGCUAAGUUCCUUCAAAGUCAUAACUCUUCAAAUACUAUUACUUGUACAAGCUUAGCAGGACCGAGAGGAUCAAUUGGAUACAUUGCACCAGAGUAUGGCAUCGGGAACAUGAUCUCAACAGCGGGCGAUGUCUACAGCUAUGGAAUUGUCAUCCUAGAAAUGCUCACGGGGAAAUGGCCAACAGAUGUAUUGUUCAAGAAUGGCCUGAGCCUUCAGAAAUUCGUGGGAAAUGCAUUCCCCGAAAAGAUCUGUGAGAUACUUGAUCCUAAUAUCAUCGGAGACGAAGUUGUGGACCAUGGAAAUCAUGCAAUGGUGGGGAUGUUGAGCUGCAUUAUGCAGCUUGUUCAGCUUGGUCUCUCAUGCUCCACGGAGACACCAAAAGACCGACCGACAAUGCCGGACGUCUAUGCAGAAGUCUCCGCAAUCAAACGAGAAUAUUCAGCAUUGCGUGUCAAGGAAUAG